UUCGAACUAACAGGAGCCAAACUAAGCUCUCUGACCCAAGCUAUCGCCUACCGCGGAAUCCUGGAGCGCCGCGAUACACCGAAUCGAAGACAAACCGAAGAGAAUUUAGCCACAGCCCAGGCGCAUAUGAAGACCUCGCAAACGAGAUGCUCUAUCUGGAUGAGCGCCAGGCACAAGGACUUCAGCCGAGCCUUCGCUGUCUUCCUCUGGAAAUUAAUGCACGGCGGCCUGAAGUGCGGGGCUUACUGGAGCAAGAUACAAGGAUACGAAGAGCGAGCGAUGUGCAGCCACUGUGGAGCAGUUGAGUCAAUCCAGCACAUCCUCUUCGAGUGUAACGCAACGGGGCAGUCCCUGAUAUGGUCCCUAGCGCGUACCAUGUGGGAAAAGAAAGGGAUGGAAUGGCCCUCAUUGUCUCUUGCCGAUGUCCUCACGCUAGGACUAACCGCAUGGCCGAGCCAAAAGGGACGCGUUCGCCCGGGUGCCACAAGACUGUGGCGGGUGCUGAUAUCUGAGGCCGUCCACACCAUCUGGAAGCUGAGAUGCGACAGAGUGGUAGGACAUGCGGAGGACGAGCAAUGGGAGCACAAUAAAACGUUUGUCUGGAAUAAGCUACAGUACACGCUCAAUAACAGACUAGCGCUCGACGUUGAAUCUGUGCAACGAAAGUACGGGGGCUCUGCCCUCAAACGUGACCUUGUCCUGGCGACAUGGAACAAGGUUUUACGGGAUGAACCUGCCCUCCCAAGAGACUGGACGAUGUAUAGGGGUUUUUUAGUGGGUAGAACACCGGCUUUACGAGUAGACCUCGAACCGGAUUGA